AUGCUCAACUUUAACGAAGACACUUUCCUGCGUCCCCACGAAACCGCAGAAUUUUCACUUCUGACAGACAGCCACCAGCACCAUCUGAGGCAUCAGCACGACGAAAUUUCCUGGCCCGUGAAGAAAGAAGCCAUCGUGGAGGGCGAUCUGAUAUUAGGAGGGUUGAUGAUGGUGCACGAAAGGGAGGAUUCCGUGACUUGCGGUCCUAUCAUGCCGCAAGGGGGGAUCCAGGCCCUGGAAACGAUGCUUUAUACUCUGGACAGGGUCAAUCUGGGAAAGACGCCGUUAUUGCCCGAUAUUUCACUGGGCGCUCAUAUUUUGGAUGACUGCGACAAGGACACAUACGGUUUGGAGAUGGCCGUAGAUUUUAUAAAAG